AAGGCGGGACUCUGCAGGGCCCAGGGGCGGAGCCUCAGACCAGACCAGCACUCCCUCCGCCGGCUGAGUGGCCCGCCGCGCCAGGAGCUGGGAGGGGGUCCCUGCCGCGCAAGAUGCUGGGGGUCUCCAAACGGCGUUGUCGAGAUCCCCAGCGCACCCACAGUGUUGGAACCAUGGCUACCAUCAACGAGUUGCCCAAUAACAUCCUCCUGGAAUUGUUCUCCCUGCUCCCUGCCCGGGAGCUGCUGCUGCAUUGCCGGCCCGUCUGCAGCCUGUGGCGGGACCUCAUCGACCUGGUGUCCCUGUGGAAACGCAAGUGCCAGCGAGAGGGCUUCAUCCCCAAGAAGUGGGGCCAGCCUGUGUCCGACUGGAAGGUUUUCUACUUCCUCUGCAGCCUCCAGAGGAACCUGAUCCGCAACCCCUGUGCUGAAGAGGGAUUUGAGUUCUGGACCCUGGAUGUGAAUGGAGGAGAUGAAUGGAAGGUGGAAGACUUGCCAGGGGACCACGGCAGGGUGUUCCCCAACUCCCAUGUCAAGAAAUACUUUGUCACAUCUUAUUAUACCUGCCUCAAGUCUCAACUAGUGGACCUGAAAGCUGAAGGAUACUGGGAAGAGCUAAUGGACAGGACCAGGCCAGACAUCGUGGUCAAGGACUGGUUUGCUGCCAGACAAGACUGUGGCUGCAAGUAUCAGGUCUGUGUACAACUUCUUUCUUCGGGACAUGUGCCCCUGGGCACCUUCCAGCCAGAUCCAGUCGCCAUCCAGCAGUGGAGUGAUGCCAAGUGGAGAGAGGUCACCCACACCUUCUCCAACUACCCACCUGGGGUCCGCUAUAUCUGGUUUCAGCAUGGAGGAGUGGACACACAUUACUGGGCUGGCUGGUAUGGACCCCGUGUCACCAACAGCAGCAUCACCAUCGGUCCUGAGCUGACCUGAGUCAACACCCAGCCCUCAACUGCUGUACCCCGACCUACUGCUCCAUCAUCCUAGGUCCUCUUUCUUUGCACUGCUGUUACAGUCAACUCUCAAUUAUCCAGGGUCCGUAAGCCUGGCAGGUGCAUCAUCCAGGCCCUUCUUCAUCAAAUGAUGAUUUGCAGUUACCGUGGGAGCAGCGUGAUACGAUGGAAAGAAAUCACUGGAUCUGAAGUUAGGAGACAUGGGUUUGAAUCCCCAGUUCUAACACUUUCUGUGUGACCUGGAGCCAAGUUGCUUCAUCCCCUCUGAGCUUCGGUUUGUUCCUCUGUGAAACGGGGAUGAGUCCAGGAUAGUUCUGAGAAAAGCACUUUAUAACCCUGAAGGGCAACAUAGAAAUGUGACCUAUUAUUAUUGCACAAAUAACGUCGUGCUUUGGGGAGCAUUUUCCAGAAUACUUUGUUCCCAUGAGGAAAGCAAGACAGAUACCAGCAUCUCCCUUUGUAAGAGGAGGAAGCUGAGUCUCUCAGAGAGGGCAAGAGACUUGGCUAAGGUCACACAGAGAGGGAUUCGUAGCUGAAAGACUAUCUGAAUAUCUGACAGAAUAUCUGAAAGAAGGAGGGAGUAUGGGCAAAGGGACCAAAGCCCAGGUCCCUGCCUACUGCCUGAUUUCAGGGCUCUCUCUUCCUUAGUGCCUCUGAGCAGAGAAGGGGUAAGUAGGGGGCUAGAACUCACUGUGGCCUCUUUGGGGCAGUUGGAGAGCCGUUCAGGGGAAGGGUUUAGUGCAACAGGGGCUUUGGACCACAGUGGGGUUGAAGUAUAUGCUGGAGUCUGGGUUCUUUCCCAGCCUGGCAUGGAUAGUGGCGAGUUGACUACCUAACUCACCAGCCGCUUCAUACUAUCUUCUCUCCCCCGCUUCUCCAGUCCUUCUUGCUGUCCCCCUAUUUUUAAUCACCACAGUCUUUCUCCUUUUUAAGACCUGAAAAGGCACCAGAGUAGAGCUUAUCAGCUAUGGUACCUGGGAGCCAUCAAAAGCUUCAGGGAGAGAGAGGGGGGGUAGAUUACUGUACCUGUCGCACCACUCACAGUGAGGCCAAUUCCCUGGCUCAAUCCCUCCUUGAUACUUUAUCCCCCAGGCAAAGGGAACCAGGCAGAUGCUGUCCUCACCCCAAGAAAGACCUAUUUCCCCUGGGUAGCAAGUGGGGCAAGUUAAUGGAAUCUGGGGCAGGGAAGGACCAGCCAAUCCUGAAUUGUCCACAGGAGGACUAGAUGGCAUCCAAGGUCUACUCCAAGAUAGACCCAGGAUUCAACUUGGGUAGAUGGGGAUCAAGGGAAGAAGGGUCCUCUUCCCAACAGCUAGAUAACACCAGCCUCCCCCAUCCCCUCCUCCUGGGUCUCGGGUGUCCUCCCUUCCCUGCCCUCCUGCCCUAUUUCCUGAGUCCUCCCCCAAUGGCCCAUGGGCCAAGCCUUGCCGAUACUAAGAGUAUUCAGAAGCUCCUGCCAGGAGCUGCCAUUCUCAGGAUUUCCCCCUCUCUCCCUCUCUCCCUUUCUUCUUCCUGCUGCUUUGAACCCCAUGCCUUUCUGCGCAAGUGCCAUCAAUUCUAGUCCUCAGAUUCUUCUCUUCGGAGCAAGUAGCCAAAUAAAAGGUGUUUGAGGCCAA